AUGCUGUGGAGAGUGACCGUUGCCUUAGCCGUGAUGUGUGUCGGAGGGGCGUGCGACAGCGUGGGAACCAACGUAAUGAGCAGACUGAUCAUGCCCAGGGACUAUGGGGUGAAACUGUGCGGGAGAGAGUUCAUCAGAGCCGUCAUUUUCACCUGCGGCGGCUCCCGGUGGAAACGAUCCACAGAAGAGGGAGCAGACCCGUCCCACUGGACCGCAUUCGGCGAUGUUGCAGCUGAAGACGAACAGAAGACCUGGCACCCCGGUACAGACCUCAGGGACGAGAACUCUCCUCUCCCCUUUGCCACCUCUUUCUCCAACUCCCUAGCAGACCUUCUUACCCUCUACAGAGCCACGAAUGAAAGACCUCCGUCAUCUUUAAGCUUCCCAAGCCAGCUGAGCUCAUCCAGGGCUUCUGCUGAGCAGAACAAAGACGCUGCUGACUUGCUCGUAACGAGCAAGAAGAAGAGGAACUUUUCUCUGGGCGUGGCAGGGAUGUGCUGUAGCCAAGGCUGCACCAAGAACGAUAUCGGACGGUUGUGCUGAGGAAGGAAGGGACAGAAAGCU